CGGGGAUUAAACUGGCCAGGCAUCCAGUUCCACACCUGCCGCCCUGUGAUGGGUCCGCUACGUCCGUGCGCGUCCAAAAUGCUGCUGCUCCUCCUCCUGCUGCUGCUGCCCGGGUCCACUGGCCCCGUAGCCAGCGAGGCAUCCAGAAGGUCACAUGUGCAUCGACGUGGGAUAUUGGAACUGGCAGAUACUGUGACUUGUGUGGGACCUCGACCUCCCAUAGUCUAUGCGAAAUACGGCUGUUUCUGUGGCCUGGGAGGGCAUGGCAAGCCCCUGGAUAGCAUUGACUGGUGCUGCCACCAACAUGACUGCUGCUACACUCGUGCCGAGGAGGCUGGCUGCAGCCCCAAAUUGGACAGCUACCCCUGGCAGUGUGUUGACAACCAGAUCCAGUGUGGACCCGCGGAGAACAAGUGCCAGGAACUCAUGUGCGAGUGCGACAAGAACAUCGCUUACUGCCUUGCCCGAGCCGAGUACAACCUCAAGCAUUUUUUCUAUCCUCGCUUUUUAUGUGAGGAAGAUUCUCCCGCUUGUAACUGACUGUCCUGACUUGAAGUGUUCAUUUGCACAAAGAAAUAAAGCUGCUUUUCACUGAGGAA